GUUUCAUUACACACUUCCGUCGUCCACGCCACCAUCAAGCAGAAACAUAAAUCUCUCUCUCUCUCUCUCUCUCUGAAAACUAUACAUUAGCGGUGGCACCUUUCAGUGACGGUAUUCAAGGUUAAGUUCGUUCAAUAUCUUUUUGAUAACAAUACCACCACAAAAUACUAAUUGCCUUGUGUUAAAUCCAAGAUUUGGGGUACUAAGGUUUUGAGGGGCUUUUUUCUUUUUCCUGUUUUUUGGGUCUUUAAAGAUCAUAAUAUCUUUUACCCGAAAUAGACCUACACGUAUCUAAACCAUUUUUGCUGAAUUACCUGUAUCUUACUGACCCAAUUGAUGAGUACUUACAUUCUCCCUUACUCUGAUUCUAAAAAACCAGUUUGAUGAAACGUUUUGAAUGUCUCAAAGGUUUUCAUUUCUUGCUAUAUAUAAUGCAAAAGCGGUUUAGCCAUUAAUGCUUUCUUGUUGUCAAGACCCCACCUGCUCUCUCUCUCUCUCUCUCUCUCUCUCUCUCUCUCACCCACUGGUAAACCCCCUUUGGACCAUUCUACAGCACGCCUGUGAAUCUUUAAUCUUUCACUCAACGAGAUGGCAAAGAACACAGCUUCACAGGACCCAGAAAACACAAUGACCCACUUUGAUUUCUUGAAGAAAUUUAGGCGCUUGAGCCCUCUUGAGCCUUCUCUAAGUAUUAUCGCCUUCUUCCUGGCCACCCUCUUCUUCGUUAGCUGUUUUUUUAACUUGGAUUACUUCAGUAUUGGUCGUGGAUUCACCUGGAACGGUUCAUCAUCAUCAGCCAAUGUGCAUGUACGACGUGAAUUUCUUGAUGAAGGUGGUGAUGGGUGCGAUGUUUUUGAUGGAAACUGGGUUUGGGAUGAGAGCUAUCCACUCUAUCAGUCACAGAACUGCUCUUUCUUGGAUAAUGGUUUUAGGUGCAAUGAGAAUGGUAGGCCUGAUAGUUUCUAUACCAAGUGGCGUUGGCAGCCCAAAGAUUGCAACUUGCCCAGAUUUGAUGCAGGAAUGAUGUUGGAAAAGCUGCGGAAUAGGCGGAUUGUUUUUGUUGGCGACUCAAUAGGAAGAAACCACUGGGAGUCCCUCCUCUGUCUGCUUUCCUCUGUUAUUCUUAACAAGACUUCUAUCCAUGAGGUGAAUGGGAGCCCAAUUACAAAGCAUACGGGCUUCUUGGUUUUCAAGUUUGAUGACUUUAAUUGCACAGUUGAAUACUACAGAUCUCCAUUUCUAGUAGUCCAGGGCCGGCCUCCAGCUGGAGCUCCAGAAGAAGUGAAGGUAACUCUGAAAGUGGAUCAAAUCGACUGGGUUUCUAACAAGUGGAGAGAUGCAGAUGUGCUGGUCUUCAAUUCUGGGCACUGGUGGAGUUAUGACAAGACCAUAAAAGUGGGUUGUUACUUCCAAGAAGGCGAGGAGGUGAAGAUGAACAUGAGUCUUCAAAGUGCAUACCGGCGAUCGCUUGAGACUGUAAUUGAUUGGAUUGGUAGUAAUGUGAACAUGAGCAAGACUUAUGUUCUCUUCCGAACCCCAUCUGCCGUGCAUUUCAGAGGUGGCAACUGGAAUUCUGGUGGUGGUUGUCACUUGGAAACACUACCUGACCUAGGGUUAUUGCCAGUUUCAUCAGACAUCCAGUUAGAAAUUCUCAUUAAUAUGUUAUCAGAGCACUCAAAUGAAUCACAAGUGAUGAAAUUGGAUUUAUUGAAUGUGACGGACAUGACACGAAGAAGAAAAGAUGGCCAUGCUUCUGUUUACUAUUUAGGGCCUGACACUGGGCCAGCCUCUCUCCACCAUCAAGACUGCAGCCAUUGGUGCCUGCCUGGUGUCCCUGAUUCAUGGAACGUGCUUCUUUAUGCACUUCUCCACAAGCGAGAAUUCUUUGGCCGAUGAAUGUCGACAAAACCUACUCAAUCUAUGUUAUGAUUGGUAUCAGAUACUUCUUUUUCUACGGUGCCUACUCCCGUGACUGCUUGCUCACUGCUUUCUCAACAACUGGUGAAAUUGUCGUAUAUAAAACUGGGAGUUGUGUAUAGCCCUUUUUGUGUUCAGGUAAAUAGGACAGUUUACCUUACCAGUUUAAAAAUUUUGUUGCAAAACAAGGAAAUGCAAGUUUGUCUUAUUCUUGUUUCUGUACUUUUGUGAGUGGCAUAUGUCUGCUUGGACUGGUCUAGAGAUGAUAAGCACUAACUAGAAUGGAAUCAUGCCUAUGUUGUUGGGAGCUUAAUCUGGAAUGCUUGGUGGCACAUAUUUCAUCUGAGAUACAGACGGUUGAUCUAUGAAGGGUGCUAAAUUUUAGGGUCAAAGUGUACUUAGCAAGGCUUCUUGAGGCAAACUUUGAUAGUUGUGAGAAAAGAUGUACGCACAUAGGCUUUUGUUAUUGGCACAUGAUCUGAUUCUUCAGAAAGAAUAGAAAAAGAAAAUGAUGUAAUGUCCUUGAUGUUUGCACAAAAUUUUGGAUAAAACUUUUAUAAAGAUGUUGUAAUUUUGUUUC